UCCUCGGCCCCGGCCCCAGGCCCGCGAUGAGCUUCCUGAGCCGGCAGCAGCCGCCACCGCCCCGCCGCGCCGGGGCCGCCUGUAGCUUGAGACAGAAGCUGAUCUUCUCGCCGUGCAGCGACUGUGAGGAGGAGGAGGAGGAGGAGGAAGAGGAGGGUAGCGGCCACAGCACUGGGGAGGACUCGGCCUUCCAGGAGCCCGACUCGCCGCUGCCGCCCGCCCGCAGCCCCGCGGAGCCCGGGCCCGAGCGCCGCCGCUCGCCCGGCCCGGCGCCUGGCAGCCCCGGGGAGCUGGAGGUGGACAUGCUGCUGCCCGGCGCUUGCCCGAGCGCGGACGGGGCGGGCGGCGGCGGCGGCGCCGAGGGCGACUCCUGGGAGGAGGAGGGCUUCGGCUCCUCGUCCCCCGUGAAGUCGCCGGCGGCCGCCUACUUCCUGGGCAGCUCGUUCUCGCCGGUGCGCUGCGGCGGCCCGGGAGACGCGUCGCCGCGGGGCUGCGGGUCGCGCAGGGCCAGCGAGGGCCCCUGCUCGCCGCUGCCGGACCAGCCGGGCACGCCGCCGCACAAGACCUUCCGCAAGCUGCGGCUCUUCGACACGCCGCACACGCCCAAGAGUUUGCUCUCCAAAGCUCGAGGAAUUGAUUCCAGCUCUGUUAAACUCCGGGGUGGUUCUCUAUUCAUGGAUACAGAAAAAUCCGGAAAAAGGGAAUUUGACACACGACAGACCCCUCAAGUGAAUAUUAAUCCUUUUACUCCGGAUUCCUUGUUGCUUCAUUCUUCAGGAACAUGUCGUCGAAGAAAGAGAGUGUAUUGGAAUGAUUCCUGUGGUGAAGACAUGGAAGCCAGUGAUUAUGAAUUUGAAGAUGAAACAAGACCUGCUAAAAGGAUUACAAUUACUGAAAGCAACAUGAAGUCACGGUAUACAACAGAAUUUCAUGAGCUAGAGAAAAUUGGCUCUGGAGAAUUUGGUUCUGUGUUCAAGUGUGUGAAGAGGCUGGAUGGAUGCAUUUAUGCCAUUAAGCGAUCCAAAAAGCCAUUGGCUGGCUCUGUUGAUGAGCAGAAUGCUUUGAGAGAGGUAUAUGCUCAUGCAGUACUUGGCCAGCACUCUCAUGUGGUUCGAUAUUUUUCUGCCUGGGCAGAAGACGAUCAUAUGCUUAUACAGAAUGAAUAUUGUAAUGGUGGAAGUUUAGCUGAUGCUAUAAGUGAAAACUACAGAAUCAUGAGUUACUUUACAGAAGUAGAGUUGAAGGACCUCCUCCUGCAGGUUGGCCGGGGCUUGAGAUACAUUCAUUCAAUGUCCUUGGUUCAUAUGGAUAUAAAACCUAGUAAUAUUUUUAUAUCUCGAACCUCAAUCCCAAAUGCUGCCUCUGAAGAAGGAGAUGAAGAUGACUGGUCAUCUAACAAAGUUAUGUUUAAAAUAGGUGAUCUUGGCCAUGUAACAAGGAUCUCUAGUCCGCAGGUGGAAGAAGGUGAUAGUCGUUUUCUUGCAAAUGAAGUUUUACAGGAGAACUACACCCAUCUACCAAAAGCAGAUAUUUUUGCCCUUGCCCUCACAGUGGUAUGUGCUGCUGGUGCUGAACCUCUUCCAAGGAAUGGAGACCAAUGGCAUGAAAUCAGACAGGGAAGAUUGCCUCGGAUACCCCAAGUGCUUUCACAAGAAUUUACGGAAUUGCUGAAAGUUAUGAUUCAUCCAGAUCCAGAGAGAAGACCUUCAGCAAUGGCGCUGGUAAAGCAUUCCGUACUGCUGUCUGCUUCUAGAAAGAGUGCAGAACAGUUGCGAAUAGAAUUGAAUGCUGAAAAGUUCAAAAAUUCACUGUUGCAGAAAGAACUGAAGAAAGCCCAGAUGGCAAAAGCUGCAGCUGAGGAAAGAGCACUCUUCACUGACCGGAUGGCCACUAGGUCCACCACCCAGAGUAAUAGAACAUCUCGGCUUAUUGGAAAGAAAAUGAACCGCUCUGUCAGCCUCACCAUAUACUGAACUACUCAUUUCCCACCUCCCCCAAAAACUGUGAUAAGAGGAAGCUAGGUUGAAAUCACUGCUAGAACCCACUUUACAAUUACUCUCUCGAUUGGUGUCAGUAGUUGUUUUACUGAAAUACCUUUUGGGACUUUCAUUUGUGAAUUACAGCUGAAUGGCUGUAUUUAGACCAUGGCUUUAUCAGGCUUUCGAUUAGUGUUACCCACCAGUGUGUCUCGUGUAGGCUGGCAGUCACUGUUGGGUGUUACACCAUCCUCCCGGGGUUAACCACUGUGGUGGUGCGCUGCUAACAGCUUGCUGUUGCAUUGUAAUAAAAGGUGUCUUUCCUUGUAGUGACUGUAAAAAUGGACUCAAGGGCUUUGUUACACACAUUCCUCCUUUGAAAGGGAGAAUGCUAAGAGACUCUGUACUGCUCAGCCUUCAGUGUACCUGUGUGUCACUCUUAUAUUCCUUUUUUUAUUCUUAUAUGUCUUUUUAAAAUUGUGAAUUAUACUUGUAUAUCCAACUGGGAGCACUUUGUAGGCAUUGCAUGAACCAUGGAAUGAUUCUGUGGAAGUAUUGCCUUGUGAAUUUGCUGCUAUUUUAGUUUUUCUUUGCUGUAAAGUUGUAGCAUUAAACAAUCAUCGUUGUUAAUAGGCUUCUUUGAAACAAUUAUGUGAAAUACGUAGUUGCUCUUGAUGAAAAGCAGCUAUUUGUGUUUUUUUUUUUCUUUGAACUUUGAAGCUAGUGCAUUGAAAAAAUGCACCUUUCUCCUUCCCCUCUCCCCCCGGAAUUCUGUAUUGAUGUAGUGUAAUCAUUACUAUUUUGUAAUUUUUUCUGGUAACUUCCUUCCCUGACUUUUUUAAAAAAUGUCUCCUUCCUCCUCUUCCCAAGUUUUGUACUUGAGUGUAUUAUUAGUCUGUUUUUAAAUGUUUUGCCCUUCAAUAUUUGUGUAUAUAAAGUGAUCUUGAUGAUACUGUAUAUAGCUGUUUGAUAUGCCAGACGACUUCUGACUGUUCCAAGUCUUUCACAAAAUAUAUUUUAUCUGUAAUUAGCCAUUUGACUAAUAAUACUGGCUAACAGAUGUUGGGGAAAAGCUUUGUCUCUUUGUCUGCUUCUUUUCUCAUUAAUUUUGGUUUAAAACAUGUUUGCACUUGUCUGUCUGACUUGUGUUUUAUAAGCAAUGAUUGGCAUAUUAAAAGUCACUCUGAGCUUAAGUGUCUAAAUUUUUGUGGUGCCUGUUUUCUACUGUUUUACCUCCAUUAUUGCCACAUUAUAAUGUAGAGUAUGAUGUACAUCAAAUACUAAAAGCAAAGGGCACAACUCUUUUUUUAAGAUUUAUUUAUUUGAAAGAGUUAGAGAGAGGUAGAGACAGAGAGAGAGGUCUUCCAUCUGCUCUUUCAUUUCCCAAAUGGCCACAACAGCUGGAGCUGAGCUGAUCAGGAGCCAGGAGCUUCUUCCAGGUCUCCCACGUGGGUGCAGGAGCCUCUGCUGCUUUCCCAGAUGCAUUAGCAGGGAACUGGACUGGAAGUGGAGCAGCUGGGACUGGAACUAGUGCCCAUAUAUGCCGGGGCUGCAGGCCAGGGCUCUAAUCUGCUGUGCCGCAGCAUGGGCCCCUAGAGGGCACAUUUUGAUGGAAUGUAAAACUUACUGGCUUUUUAUUGGUGGACCUUAACCUAUAUUAGUUAAAUUUUGGUUUCAAGAAAAAUUUACCCCUCAAUUUUGAAUUUUCUUUUCAUUACAAACACCUAAUGUUUUUAUAUCACAUUGCAUAUUACAUAUUGACUUGCCAGGAAUGUGAUAGAAUAUAAUUCAGAGUAACCUCACAUUGGGUGAAUAUAAUAGCUACAACUCAACUUUCUAAUUUGGCCUGUCACAGAACUUUUUUUUUAAAGAUUUAUUUAUUCAAAAGAGUUACUGAGAAAGAGAGGCAGAGAGACAUCUUGCAUCCAUCGGUUCACUCCCCAAAUGGCAGCAACAGCCUAUGCCAGGAGCCAGGAGCAUCUGCGUCUCCUACAGUGGUGCAGGGGCCCAAGGACUUGGGCCAUCUGCUGCUGCUUUCCCAGGUGCAUCAGGGAGCUCGAUUGGAAGAGGGGCAGCCAGGACUCGAACUGGCACCCAUAUGGGAUGCCAACGCUACAGGCUGAGGGUUAACCUAUGCCAUAGCACUGCCCCCAUCACAGAACUUUAAGGUGGGGAGGAAUUCACUAAAUUAAAUUGAAUUCACUAAAAUAGGCUGGGUUUUAGGAAUUGAGAGUGCAAAUUGCAGUGAAAAACAAGUGCUGACAGUUUAAACCAUAGAGUGAUCACUGAGGGCAAUGAGCAGCUAAAAGUGAAUGUUGCAAGAUCAUGAUGCUUUGGUCACGGCUACAUUAUCAGGCUCUUAAUGAGGGUCUAUUUCUACUUCAAACGUUUCUAACAAGCUUGAUUAUUUUAACGUGUUAUCCUAUGGUAUGUUAGAAAAGCAGAACAUCAGAGGAAUUGGUGCAGAUGGGGCAGUUAGAUAUGAAAGCUGGUGGUUGUGGGUGACAAAAUCAAAGUAACACAGUUCAGUAGCCACCGAAGACCAAGCUAUAGAGUACGGUAAUUGGUGUUUGUAUGUUAACUUCAAGUUACUAAGGCUCAUUUUUCUAGUGCACUAGCUUCAAAGAAAAAUUGGGAUGUUUUUCAUCAAGAUUGACUAAAUUUUUCACAUACUAUAUUUAAGAACAAGAUCUGGUGUUUGGUAUUCAAAGAUGGAAUUCUUAAGUGAUGAAAGCUGAGAGGAGAGUUGGCCUUGUGUUCAACAUAACAAUGAAGUGCCUUUUGUUUGCUAACUGUGGUAGUAGAACAUAGAACUAGGGAUGCAGGAUAAAACAGAAGAGACCAUUCUAAACAGACAGUGGCAAAGUGUGUUAAGUGCUUGUGUUAGGAUUGUGCAAGGUAGAGUGACGGUUCAGAAGACAGGAUAUCCCUGGAGGAAGAUAGUGGUAGCAGGAGAUCACAUUCAGACUGGUUUCAAGGCCACUAUGGUAGUGAAGCAGGUAAGAGCAAGGCCUGGCCCAGGACCCUGCUGGGGAUAGAAAGAGGAUGGGAAUUUAAUGAAGUGGAGUGCUGCACUUUGAACACGUUUUACUUGUGUAACAGAAUGAAAAUCUGUAGCAUAACAGUUUGGGCAAGCUAUAAGUCCUAAUAAUAAGACUGAAGAACUUUCCAGAAAUUUUAAUUAAAAUGUAGACAUAUGUUACUGUUUGAGACCAUUACUUACCAUUGACAAGGCUGUCUUGUUUUUGACAAGUUGACUUUGGUAAAGAAGAAAAAUUGUCAGUACUGACUGUGCUGAGGUAGGAACCAGAUGCCUGAGCUCCUUCCUACCAAGAACCCAAAAGCAGUGCCCCUUUAGUGAACUAAUGUCUUUUUUUUUUUUUUUAAGAUUCAUUUAUUUACUUAAAAGAGAGGGACAGGCAGAGACAGAGAGAUCUUCUAUCUACUGGUUCACUCCCAAAAUGGCCACAAUGGCCAGAGCCAGCCCAGACUGAAGCCAGGAGCUUCCUCCCAGUCUCCCACAUGGGUGGCAGGGGCCCAAGUGCAUGGGCCAUCUGUUUUCCCAGGCAGGGAGCUGAUUGGACCAGUGCCCAUGUGGGAUGCCAGCAUCACAGGUGGCGGCUAUACCUGCUAUGCCACAAUGCCAGCCCCAGCUGAUGUCUUGAAGAGCCAGUUCUCAAGCUUUGGGUGUCACUCUGCUUUGAUCCAGAGGUCAAGAAAUGAUGGCGUUUAAACACAUUCCUCGCAGCUGGGUUUGGGUAACGCUUUAGGUGGCCUCACCAUUCCUGGGUGGCGUCAUUCUGACACUAGCUAUGGUGUUGUUUUUUUUUUUUUUUUUUUUUUUUUUACUAGCUGGUUUUUCUAACCCAGUUCUCCACAGAGCACCUCACUGACUUUAAUCGCAAAAAUCAAGUAAGUUGUGUCCUUGGAGUAUUUUUAUUUGUGAAAUUUUCAAAGGCCAAUCAAAGCAAUCAACAAUGAGCCAAAAAAGCAUUCUAGAAAUGUUUAGGAUAUUGUGAAAAUCUUAAGCCAGGAGCUAGGAAUUUAGAGUAGACUGCCUCAUAGAGUAUACUCGAGGGCAUUUGGGUAACUGCAAAAAAGCAUCACUGACACUGACACUGCAGUGUGUAGAUCUAGAAGCUUCUCUUGCAGACCAGGUUUUAUUAGCAAUUUCUCAGAAGCUGAGUGAAAUAGAGUUUUAUUUAAAAAAAAAAAAUGGAAGGGUAAGACAUCAUUGGAACUGUCCCCCUCCCAAUAUUUCCCUUUCAGAAACUUGGUGAGGCAUUCAUCUGAACAUUGAACUUUUUUCUUCUUUGUGGCAGAUGACCCUAAUUUUCAAUGCAGUUCAAAAGUCUCUGGAUAAGGAAAAAUAUCUAUGUAUGCACUAGGAAGAGUUACGAGGAAAGGACGGCAUGUUGAGUCCAAGCAUCCUUAAACUAAGAGUAAGAAACCUCGGCCAGUCCAGCCCAUGAAGAAAAUUACCUCAAAGGACAUUAUAUCAUAGUUCAUAUUGUUUAGUUUUAUAUGCAUAAUAAAAUAUCUUG